AUGUCAGAAUCACAGCGUUCUGCGUGGUCCUCCCGCGCCGACGCCCUUCUGCGACCUGUCGAGCGCCCGGUAGGGUAUUUGAAGCGCGCCAGCAUCGCGGCCUCGUUUCCCAUCCGCGGCAUCUGGUACUUUUUGCGGAAUAAGGAAUUCUACCCGCUGUUCCUCAGCCGCCUGUUGCCACUGUCCAUCAUAUCCUUCCUGGUCUACUUUAUUUUAUUCACCUUUGCUUUCCUUCCCCAGUUUGCACUUCUGGCCAUCUUCCAUGGAUGGGGUGCGUGGGUCAACGCAGUGGUACUGGUUCUCGGAGAGGGUCUCGUCGUCAUCCAAGGUCUUUUCGAGGGAUUUUUCGUCGACGAGUGUCGAGUGGACGUUUUUGAUGCCACACUCAUCAAAGAGUCACAGACAGACCUCGUCGCUCCCCACAGGAUCCUCUUCCCCGAUGCCCCCACCGCGGUCAAGAUGCUCGGCAAGCCGACGACCCCCGCCGCCUUCACCCCCUGGUCCAUGAUCCAGAUCAUCGAGCUAAUAGUCUUCUUACCCCUUAACUUCGUCCCGGUAGUCGGCACCCCGGCCUUCAUCAUCAUCACUGGCACGAGACUGGGCAAACUGGCGCAUUAUAGAUGGUUCCAUCUGCGCGGACUAACCAAGAAGGAAGCCAAGAACGAGAUACGAGCGAGGACGUGGGAAUACGUUUGGUUUGGCACAGUCGCGAUGAUUCUGGAGUUGAUUCCCGUGCUUUCCUUCUUCUUCCUAUUGACCACCUCGGCUGGAGCUGGACUCUGGGCGGCACGGAUUGAGGAUGACAAAAAGAGGGGGGCUGUAGAUGCUCUGAUCGGAGAGCCUCUGCCACCACCAUCACCACCACCACCACCCUACGAGGAUGAUCCAGUCUAG